AUGAAGGGUUCUUUUACUCUGGUGGAUGUGCUUCUGGUACUCGCCUUGUUGAAUGAAGCUACAUUGACUGUCAAGGGCAGGCCACAUUGCAAACAGACAAAUUCAGGAGUUUUUCGACCUCACAGUGUCUCAAUCAGCGAGUUUGGUGCAGUAGGUGAUGGGCAAACCCUCAACACCAAAGCAUUUCAGAAUGCCAUCUUCUAUCUCAAUUCCUUUGCCGACAAAGGGGGGGCCCAGCUUUUUGUCCCAGCUGGCCGGUGGUUAACAGGAAGCUUCGUUCUCAUCAGUCAUCUAACUUUGCGCUUAGAUAAGGAUGCUACAAUUCUUGGAUCCACGAACUCUGAUGAUUGGCCACUUACUGAUCCCCUACCGUCAUAUGGCCGAGGUAGGGAGUUACCUGGUGGAAGGCAUCGAAGCCUCCUUUAUGGAAACAAUUUGACUGAUGUUGUUAUAACAGGUGAUAAUGGAACUAUUGAUGGUCAGGGCACAGUCUGGUGGAAUUGGUUCCGAAAUGAGACCUUGGAUUAUACCAGGCCUCAUUUGGUUGAGUUGAUGAACUCAAAUGGUGUCUUCAUCUCAAACCUGACCUUCCUUAAUUCACCUUUCUGGAAUAUCCACCCAGUGUACUGCAGCCAAGUUAGAGUCCAAAAUGUAACAAUCAUUGCUCCUCUUGAUUCACCAAACACAGACGGGAUUGAUCCAGACUCUUCCAAUGACGUUUGCAUUGAAGACUGUUACAUAAGCACUGGCGAUGAUCUGAUUGCCAUCAAAAGUGGGUGGGAUGAAUAUGGUAUUUCCUUUGCUCGUCCCAGUACUAAUAUUAUUAUUCACCGGCUUGUUGGAGAGACUCGGUCAAGCUCAGGCAUUGCAAUUGGAAGUGAGAUGUCUGGAGGUGUAUCGGAAGUUCAUGCUGAAGACCUCCAAUUCUUCAAUUCAAAUGCAGGUAUUACAAUAAAGACGUCUCCUGGGCGGGGUGGUUAUGUGAAAAAUAUCUUCAUAUCAGAUGUGACUCUAAUGGAUGUUAAUGUUGCUAUAAGGGUUAUUGGCCAGUAUGGAGAGCAUCCGGAUGAGUUUUAUGACCCUAAUGCUCUUCCCCUAAUAGAGAUGAUUACCAUUCAAGAUGUUACAGGAGAGAAUGUUAAAGUUGCAGGCCUCAUGGAGGGUAUAAAAGAGGAUGAUUUCCAUAACAUUUGCCUAUUUAAUCUCUCUCUCAGUGUAAGUUCAGGUUCCCCAUGGAACUGUUCUUAUAUCCAAGGAUAUUCAGACUUGGUUUCCCCAGAGACUUGUCAGCCUCUCAAAGAGAGAAUCUUUCCUGAGCAUUCCUCGGAUUGUUACCAUUUGUCAGACCACCUGCGGAGGAUGAGUAGUCGAAAUGGAGGUGAUCAGUUUCUCUCAUGGUAAAUAUAACGAUGUAUUAUAACACAUUGCUAAUGGUGACACACAUUCUUUUGAAAUUGUUUCGUCUUUAAUUUGAUUCUUUCCAUUUCUCUGCACAACUGCCUAAUUCAUUGUGGGCAGUGAUCUCCUGAAGCAAUGUUUUUGAGUGUAGCUGCUAAUGAUAUGUGGACUUGUUGACCUGUGAGAUUAUAUUGAGAUAUGAUUUGAUUGUUGUAAUUUUUGUGCAGCGACAAAUAAUCCAGUGAUUUAGCAGAAGUUGGAAGUGGAUAACGUUAAUGCCUU